CCCCCGGCCGCGGCCCAUCCUGGACAUGUCCUAUUCCCGCCACUUCCUGGACUUCCAGGGCUCCUCCAUCCCCAGCUCCAUGAAGAAGCUGGUGGUGACCAAGCUGAGCCAGAACUUCAGGGAAGCGGUUACGCUGCUGCGGGACUCGCCCGUGCCCAUCCCGGGCGACGGAGACCUCCUGGUGAGGAACAGAUUUGUCGGCAUUAACGCAUCUGACAUAAACUACUCAGCUGGUCGAUACGACCCAUCUACCAAACCCCCCUUUGAUGUAGGUUUCGAGGGUGUUGGUGACGUGGUGGCUCUAGGACUGAGUGCGAGUGCAGACUAUUCGGUGGGUCAGGCRGUGGCCUACACGAGAGCGGGUGCCUUUGCUGAGUACACAGUCGUGCCUGCCAGGGAAGCAGUUCUUGUGCCGGCCGUGAGACCCGAGUUUCUCACUUUAAUGGUAAGCGGUACCACUGCAUACAUCAGCCUGAAGGAGCUCGGAGGGCUCUCUGAAGGCAAGAAGGUCCUGGUGACAGCAGCGGCUGGAGGAACGGGCCAGUUUGCAGUGCAGCUUGCAAAGAAGGCCAAGUGCCACGUGAUUGGGACCUGCUCCAGCGAUGAAAAGGGUGCUUUCCUCAAAUCCAUUGGCUGUGACCAUACGAUCAACUAUAAAACCGAAAACGUUGAAUCUGUUCUUAGGAGAACCUACCCAAAAGGUGUGGAUGUGGUGUACGAAUCCGUCGGUGGAAAGAUGUUUGACUUGGCAGUUAACUCCUUGGCUACCAAAGGGCGCCUGAUAGUUAUUGGCUUUAUCACUGGCUACCAAAGCCCUUCUGGCCUGSAGCCUGUUAAAGCAGAAUUGCUGCCAGCAAAACUGUUGAGGAAGUCUGCCAGCAUCCGAGGUUUCUUCCUGAACCACUACCUUUCCGAGUACAAAACGGCUGUGAGGGACUUGCUCAAGAUGUAUGAGAAGGGCGAACUGGUUUGCGAGGUGGACCUUGGAGACGCCUCUCCGGAGGGCAGGUUCACUGGCUUGGAGUCGGUGUUCCGUGCUGUAGAUUACAUGUACAUGGGAAAAAACAUUGGAAAAAUUGUAGUUGAAUUACCUCACUCUGUCAACAGUAAGCUGUAAAAACAGAACAAUGACAUAAAUCAGACGAGAGAAAAUGGGCACUUUAUGCUUCAGAAUUACUAGAAACAAUUUCUUUUCUUAAACUUAGUAAUGGAUAUUAUAUUAAAAAACAGCAUUAAGGUGUUAAUAAAAAGUUUGGAUUUUUUUUUCUUUUUACCCAAAAGGGCUUAAAUCAGUGGCUGUUGGCUGAACUGAACGGGUCUGUGUUCGAUUAUAUCACUUAGGCCAGCACAGCACAAGGAUGUUGUUCUUGACCGAGUAAGUCUUAAUGCAGAGGCAGAUUUAGUCUGUCAGACUGGUUUGAUAAGGCUUCAUACAUAGUUCAGAUCAGAAAAAAAGAAAUCUUUCUUCCUUUUCAUCAGUUUUGAUUUCUUGAUUAAAAAAUAAAAUGGUUAGAGGAAGACUAAGGAGAGUCAUAUGUUUGCCUUAUUAGUCUCUAGAGGUUUGGGGGAAAAAUGCACUUUUGGUUUUGAGUCACAAAAUAAUUGUUAGUUCCAUCAUGGAUUUUAGUAAAAAUUC